AUGCCACCGAUUAUCCACUGCGUGCGCCAUGGGCAGGGCGCUCACAACCUUAGCUACGCGAACCAUGAUCUACCCGAUCCCGAACUGACCCCUCUUGGAGAGGAACAAGCCCAGGCUCUGGUCCGCAGGCCUGAACUGGCCAACAUUGAGCUUGUCGUAUCAUCACCACUACGACGUACCAUUCAGACUACUCUAUUGGCGUUCCCAUCAAAGCUCAAAGCCGGCAUGCAAGUUCUGGCUUGGUCAGAGGUGCAGGAAGCAAGUGAUCUGAUCUGCGAUACUGGCAGCCGUCUUCCUGAUAUCAAAGCCAGGUUCGAUGGUCUGCCUGUAGAUUUCAGCCUUAUUGAGCCAGACUGGUACCUCAAGGUAUUUAGCCUCUAUUCCGAAUAUUUCGUUCUAGAGGUCUAA